AUGUCUUUCGCCAGACAAUCAGUCGCUUCGGCGCGGCAGCUGGUGCGCAAUCAGCAGCCCCGUCGCUUUGCCUCUCAUACCGCCCAUGCCGAGCCUGUGAACGAGAGCUUCGGCCGCAGCUUCUACGUUACCAUCGGUGCAUUUGCCUCCGCCUACGUUCUUUACCGCCUGAGCAAGUCCACUGAGGAAUCGGGCUCGCAAUCGUGGAUUUCCAACCUCAUCCACAAGUGGACUCCUUCGGAGAAGUUGUUUGAGGAGAGGAACGCCAUUCACACAGCACUUAUGGAGAAGGCCGCUCAGGAUCGCCACCUCCUUCAGUCUCAAGGUCCUAGAGCCACUUUCGAAUUAAAGCAGCCCGAAGUCAGCUUCAAUACCUCUCCUCCUUACAAUGUCCCUGCUGGUUCGUCCGUGGACCUGAGUGCUGUUGUUGCUCAUUACGAGCAGCAGAACAAGCAGAUGGAAGAGGCCCGCGUCGCUCGGAUGAAGGACGGCAAGGUUGUGUCUCUAUAUGACUAG